AUGAUGAAAUCAAAUAUGACUAACAAGAGUACUGGUGAGGUAGAAGAGGACUACCCUACAAAUUCCUCCUUCCCUGCUGCCAUCGCUAUGGAAACUGAGCUACCCCUCGAAGCUGGAUGUGGCUCCUUUGUGUGUUUCACUCCGAUGGGUAGAGCAAAUAACGCUCGCUCAAUAGUCUAUAAUCUCCCGGACUUUUUCACUGACUCUAUGCGGGUGAUGUACUCCCUUUUUCAAGCAGGAAAACUCACAGACGUCACACUGCACGUUGACAAGGUGGCCAUCACGUGUCAUCGGAUUGUCCUCAUGGGCGCUUCUCCUUAUUUUCGAGCUAUGUUCACUUCGGGAAUGCAAGAAGAAAGUCUCAAUGAAGUUCGACUACAUUACCUCACACCCCUUGCAUUAACCCGUCUUGUACAUUUUGCAUACACUGGGGAGAUUUGCGUCAAUGAAUCUACUGUUUGUGAGAUCCUCUCUGCGGCUAUUAUGCUCCAGAUUAGCUCUGUGAUAAAUGUCUGCACUCAGUUUCUUGAAUCCCAACUCCACGUCUCUAACGCUCUGGGCCUUCAUGAAUUUGCAACAUCGGUUGGAUGUUUGGACCUCGCAAGAAAGACCCAGGCUUUUGUCGAUAGAAAUUUCUCUGAGAUUGUGAAGCAUGAUGAACUAUUGAGUCUCUCUCCAACUCAAUUGAUGAACCUCAUUCAACGGGAUGAAAUCCACGUGAGAUCGGAAGCGGAGGUCUAUAAUGCUGUGGUGCGAUGGGUCAAUCAUGACAAAUCUUCUAGACUUGUCAGUCUAAUGGAUUGUCUCGCUCUGGUACGGUGUCAUGCACUGGCUCCUGGCUUCAUUAAGAAUCAAAUCAAGAAUUGCAGCCUUCUCUCAGAGGUUCCUCAAUCCAAAGAACUCAUGCACAGUGUACUGGAGGAUCUACUUCAACACAAAAAUAUUCCAUUGCGAUGGAGGGCUGAUGCUCAUGCUCAAAUGAUCUACUCAGCUGGUGGUUAUCUCCGCUACUCUCUGAGCAACUUUGAAGCCUACAAUCGAAUCACGGACACAUGGAAACGUCUUCCGGAUUUACCGAGUCCUCGUAGUGGCUUAGCUGCAGCAUCCGUACGUGGGUGUGUCUAUCUAGUUGGUGGGAGGAAUAAUAAUAAUGAACAGAGCAACUUUGAUGCCCCCCAUAUGGACUGCUACGAUCCGACGACAAAUCGAUGGCACACAUGUGCCCCAAUGUCUGUGCCUAGAAACCGCGUUGCUGUAGGGGUCCUAGACGACAUGAUCUAUGCUGUUGGCGGCCUCACUCACACCAUGCAUCAUAGUACCGCUGAAAGAUACGACGUAGAUGACGACUUAUGGACUCCAAUUGCUUCAAUGCAUUAUCCUCGGAUUGGUCUCGGUGUUGCUGUUGUAAAUAGACUUCUCUACGCCGUCGGUGGUUUUGAUGGAGUUCGACGUCUCUCUAGUGUUGAACGCUAUGAUCCGGAGACUGACACUUGGUCUGAGGUCGCGCCCCUCAACCGUCCUCGAUCUGGAGCCGGUGUGGUCUCGAUUGGCCAUUUCAUCUAUACGGUGGGUGGUUACGAUUCUCACAGCCAAUUACGAAGUGUCGAACGUUAUAACACAGAGCAGAAUGUAUGGGAGUAUAUGACCCCUAUGCUGCAUCCGCGUUCAGCUCUCUCAGCUUCUGUGUUGGGUGGGAAGAUUUGGGUUUUUGGCGGUUACGAUGGCAACGAGUUUCUAUCAAGCGUGGAAGUUUACGAUCCAUCACAAGACUCUUGGGUCAAAACGACAGUUAUGCCAUGUGGCAAAUCGGGUCACGCAGUGGUGACAAGUCGAGAGCCCGUUGCAGCCAUCGCUGCUGCAAGCGGAUCAGCAUGCUUAGGUUCUAAUACCAAGUAG